AUGGUCUCCUCCCGCCACAACCGGCCCAUCAACGGGCAGAGAAAAACCACCAGCUUCAAGCGCGAGCCAACGUCCAAACCCGACGACCUCGAAGCCGGCACCAGCCCCCGACGGCCCCGCAGCGCCAUCAACCACAACCCGCUGCCCCCACGCUUCCGCUUCCGCGACGCCGCCGUCACCGCGCGCGACAUGCAAGACGUGGACCAGAUCAAGAAAUCCCUGCGGGCGGGGCUGUCGGAGCACGCCUCGCUCGAGCAGUUCCGGCUGUCGGACGCGGAGAUCAAGCGGGUCAAGAACAAGAAGGUGCGGGAUUUCUAUCGCGAGCAGAACGACCGGCUGGACGACUGGCUCGAGGUGGACGCGCUGGUGCUGGCCAUGGCGGACGACGUGCUGGACAGCAUGAACCCGAGGGAUUUCGAUCACGAUGGCAUCGCCGAGGCGGGCGGCGCGUUGCAGGCGACGAGCGAGAGCAUCGAGCCGCUGUUGCCCGAGGAGGAGAGGGAGAAGAGGAGGAAGGCGAGGAGGAAGGCGGGGUGGGCGAUUAAUAUCAACGUCGUCGCGAACAUCCUGCUGCUCGGAGCAAAGUGCAUUGCGGCGUACUUCUCGUCGUCGCUCUCGCUGCUCGCGUCGUUGGUCGACUCGGCAUUGGACCUGCUGUGCACGCUGAUUGUCUGGACGACGAACAAGCUGGUGGCGUGGCGGUUGAGCAAGCUGAGGGCCAAGUUCCCCGUAGGCAGGAAACGUCUGGAGCCGUUGGGCAUCCUGGUCUUCUCUAUCAUCAUGAUCGUAUCCUUUGUACAAGUCCUGCAGGAGUCCAUCGGGAAGCUGAUACCAGGAACCGGCAAGGCCGAGGAGCUCCCCGUCAUAGCGAUUUCGGCCAUGGCCGCGACCAUCGGCUUGAAGGGCCUCAUCUGGUUCGGCUGCAUCCCGAUCAAGACGACGCAGGUGCAGGCUCUCGCCCAAGACUGCAAGACAGACGUCUACUUCAACACGCUCUCCCUCCUCUUCCCCGUCAUCGGCGCCAAGGCCGACGUCUGGUGGCUCGACCCGCUCGGCGCCUCGCUGCUCUCGCUCUUCAUCAUCUACGACUGGGCCUCGACGUCGCUCGAGAACGUGACGCGCCUCACGGGCUCCGCCGCCGACGACCGCGUCCAGCGCAAGAUGCUGUACCUCGCCUACCGCUUCACCCCCGUCGUGUCCGGCCUCAAGCGCGUCACCGCCUACCACGCCGGCGACGGCGUCUGGGUCGAGAUGGACGUGCUGCUGGACGAGAAGACGCCGCUGCGGAAGGCGCACGACAUCGCCGAGACGUUGCAGUAUUGCUGUGAAGCGCUGGGCGAAGUCGACAGAGCCUUCGUUACUACGGAUUACGCAACUCAGGGUCCUUCUGGACACGUCAGUGAAGAUUAA